GCCAAUCUUGCCCCUCAUCAGUCGCCACUAACCUCCAUCUCACUCUCUCAGUCUCUCCACUCCUAUCCACAUAUACUAAACUGAGCUCUCUCGAUCAAUUCUGACCCCUACCUAUCCAUCUCUUUCAGGAAUCAAAACUAAAAACUGUCUAUUUUCUGCAUCCAAGGACAAUGAGCGGAUUAAGGAGGUUCCAGUUAAUCGAGCAUUCCCCAUCUUCUUUCCUGCCUCCCAAGUCCCUCUCACUAAACCCAUGGUUUCCCAUCGCCAUUGAAGACGACUUCGACAUCGCUCUUGAUUUGCUUUCUCCCAGUCUCAUUUCCGGAGCGUUCCCUGAUUUUCCUUCACCCUUUGAAGAAUUCGACGCCGUUACCGAUUUGAUUCAGAUCGAGAGGACUCCGUUCUACAGCUCAGCCAAACGGGUCCAGCGAUUCGGGUCAGAGCGCCACCACUUGCAGAGCCUCUGCGACAGGGUCUCUGCCAUAGAGCUGGGGUUUGACCGCUUGCUCAAGGAGGAGGCCGAGAAGAAGAAGAAGUCGCGGGUCGGGCAACGAAAGUACACGUGGACGGCGGAGAUCAAGAACCCGGAGGAAGACGGGCUUGACCGGACCUACAAGUGGGUUGCCGAGGUUAAGGAUGGGAAGAAGAAGGGCUCUCUGGACAAGAGCUACAAGAUGAUCGCUCAGAUCAAGGGGAAAGGGGAAGACUCUCCUGUCUCGCGGACAUACACUUUCAAAACGUCCACCAGCGAUGGAGGGAAGUCUAAUGCUUCAGGGAAGGAUAAGGAGAAGGAGAAGGAGAAGGAAAAGGAAAAGAAGAAGACUUUAAAUGAUAAGCAGAAGAAGGAAUCAGCACAGAGCUGCGCGCGCGUGAUUGAGAUUGAAGAUCCAUCUGAUAAUAGGGCCAUUAUCCGGACAAAGGCAUUUGCAAAAAUGAUGGAGAAGAAGAGAGGAAAGAGGAAGGAUUUGUCCCCACAAGAUGCUGCCAUGAUAAUACAGUAUAGCUUUAAGGCUUAUCUUGUAAGGAGAUCAAAGGCUCUCCGUGCUCUUCGCGAGUUGGCCAUUGCUAAGAGUAAGUUGAAGGAACUUAAGUCCUAUUUCAACAACUUCACUUAUAGAAAGCGUGUAGCUCGUGAUGCUGAGGAGCGCCAAAGGUUUUCUGAGAAGAUUAUCGUGCUCCUACUCACUGUGGAUGCCAUUGAGGAGGCUGAUAUGAUGGUGAGAGCUUCAAAGAAGAGUAUGGUGGAGGAUCUAGAAGCAAUGCUUGAUGCGGUGGACCCCCAGCAGCAGCCUCCUGCUGCUGCAGGUAGAAGUGUAUCAAUGAGGAGGAGAACGUUUGAUAUGCCUGACAGUUUCAUCAGGAAGGAUGUGGCUGAUGGUGUGGCACAAGUUAUGCAAAUGCUGGAGUCAAAUGAUUCCGAGUCCUUUGACCCUUGCUCAUGAGCCCCGCUGCUAAAACUCGGGAACACGUCUUCUAUGAUCCUACGGCAAGCUGGUGAUCGGCUAGUCCCUCUUUGUUUAGGUGUUUUUUUGAGCUUCCCUAGAGACAUUAAUGUUUGAUGUAUUAUUAUGUGGACCAUUGUGUUGUUCUGAAUGCAAUCUUUGUUGUGUUUUAAUUGCUGUGUACUUUAGAAUCUUACUUGGAUUGCCUGUGUUUUCAGUUCUUGAGUUUAUGUAUUUUGCUCAUUUAUUGUGCACGUUGUUUCCAGUGUGGUAAAAUCCAUUGGAUUACAUAACUCAUGCCUGUGAUCUCACUUGUGAAAUUGUCUUGAUA